UCGAGAACCUUAACCUUUUGCUAGUGUUCCACAGUGGCGCAGUUUACACUUUAUAGUGUUCUUAUACGUUCUUGCAAUUUGAGGAUUUCUGACGCAUUGUCAUUUUUAAAUUGUUUUCUUGGUGUGAUUUUUACCGUGACUUCAAAAUCAUAAAAUGAGUUUCGGUUUGCCAUCAAUCAUACCCAAGCCUGUUAUACCCGAGCAAUUCGACAUUAAAAAUGGAACUACCAACUAUGGCCUAUCUAAUCCUAUGGUAUCAGGCUUGUCAGCAACCAGACAGAGCAUUGGUUAUGCACAUCCCUUGGAAGCUUCAGAAAGAAAUUACAAAAAGAAUCAGGAGCGCAUGAAUAUGACUUUACUUAGGAACACACAAGGAUUACAUGCACCAUUGCGCAUAGCAAUGGAAUUAAAAGCUACCGAGAAGAUCGGAAGACUUCCAUUUCUGCCGUCAUCUAAUGUUAUGCGAGAUGUUUUGCUUGCGCAAGAUCAAGAUAUACGAUUUGAAGAUAUCUUCAAUACGUCUGAAUUCAGAGAACAGAUGGGACAACCACAUGCCGUCGUAGAAAAUCAUCUUGGAAUAUUAUAAAGUUUAUCUUGCAAAACUUUUGUCUUAAUGAAAAAAUAAAGAUUUAUAAACUUAAUCAUAA